AUGUCCCGCCGAGGUGCACCGAGAGCCAUGUUAGGGGGUCAGGGAGGUCUUACCCUGGAAAGUUUUGAAAUACAGUUGUGUGGAGAGAAGGGUACCCUGCACCACAUCAUGUCGGCAUGUCCAACAGCUCUUGCACAAGGCCGAUAUAGAUGGCGCCACGAUCAGGUGCUCAGAGAAUUGACAGAUGUGGUUGAGCGGGAGAGGAAGAAAAGCAGACAAAGGAAGAAUAAAGGGCCACAGUUCACCCCUUUUGUCAAAGAAGAGAGGACUGAAGAGGCACAUGAGAGGAAAAGGGCAAAGUACCAUGACCUGGCAGAGGCAUGUACUAUACAGGGAUGGAAAACUUGGAUUUUUCCGGUGGAGGUAGGAUGUAGAGGGUUUCCUGCCCAAUCAGUUUUGAGGAUGCACGGAGCCUUGGGCUUUAAAGGCAGAGCAAGAAAGUCAGCAGCCCAGGCUCCAGGACAGGCAGCGGAAAAGGCAUCCAGUUGGCUCUGGUUACGUCAAAACGAAAAGGCAUGGCAGCCAUCACAGACAAGCAGUGCCUGA